UCGUCUACUCACCUCUCCCUCCCCCUCGACAGCAUCGCACAGCGCAAUGGCUACCACACAGCACUAUGUAUGGGCCGCGGGCCACUUUAUCUUGCUGGUCUGCUCCUUGAGAUUCUUCUUCGCCAAGUUGCUGUUUAGGGCGGUUUCUGCUUGGUGGUAUAAAGCGAGCUUCACCGGGGCGCUCGUCAGUUAUGCCAUUGUAUGCCAAAAGUCACUGGGGACACCGCAACCCAAUGCUGCCUGGGUACAGCGCGCGCUCCUGGACGAGAACAUCCAAUACUUCAUCAUGGCGUUCUUCUGGUGGUCCUCCAAGCCCGUGACGUUCGCCCUUGUGCCAUAUGCGAUAUUCUCGCUCUUCCACGCCCUCACGUUUACGCGCACGACUCUCCUGCCUCAAUUCCUCCCUGCUGGCCCGCCGCCCCAGGCUGGCGCCGCGCCGACCCCUCACCCGCUUGCCAAGAAGCUCCAAGUUUGGGUCAAGACCAACUACGACAACGCGAUGCGCAUCGUCGCCUUCACCGAGCUCGCCAUCCUGGGACGCGUCCUCAUCGGCGUCCUGUUGUUCCGCACCGCCUUCAUCACGCCGAUCCUCUACGCGUACUUCUUGCGCCAGCGCUGGUUCCAGAGCAAGUUCACGCGGGAUGCCGUUGGCACCGUGCACGCACGCAUUUACGCGUUCGUGACGAGCCCCGGGAAGCCGCCCGUGGUCGCGCAAGUGUACACGCAGGUCACGAACCUGGUCGGCCGGUGGGCGGGGUCGCUGCCCGGCGCGGGUCCGAACGGGGCUGCUGCUGGUGCCGGUGCUGGGGCGAGGAGGCAGUAGGUGGUGCGCUGAGUGUCAUCUUACCCUAGCUCUGUCUUGAAUGUGCUUGAACACUGCGUUGGGUGGGACGAUAGAACGACUGCAAUCUUAUGUUUGUUAUUAUAUCACGACAUUCAUGACGG